CCCCAGCGGCACUGCCCUCCCCUCCCCCCGCCCCUCUAGCGGAGGCGUCCACCCGUCCCCCGCGCUGGUACUAUGAAAGGGUAGUCGGCCGGGCAGAGCCGCCCCGGAGCCCCAGAGUCCAGCCAGGGCCCCGCCGAGCGACCCGCACUGCCACUGGUGCCCCCACCCACCGGCCACCCGGGCCCCGGGCCCGCGUCUCCCCGCCGCCGCGCCCCGGCCCUCGGCAUGGCUAACUACUACGAAGUGCUGGGGGUGCAGGCCAGCGCCUCCCCGGAGGACAUCAAGAAGGCCUACCGCAAGCUGGCCCUGCGCUGGCACCCCGACAAGAACCCCGACAACAAGGAGGAGGCCGAGAAGAAGUUCAAGCAGGUGUCCGAGGCCUACGAGGUCCUGUCCGACUCCAAGAAGCGCUCGCUGUAUGACCGCGCGGGCUGCGAUGGCUGGCGGCCGGGCGGGGCCGGCUCCCCGCACGGCGGCCCCUUCGGCGGCGGCUACACCUUCCGCAACCCGGAGGACAUCUUCCGCGAGUUCUUCGGCGGCCUGGACCCGUUCUCCUUCGACUUCUGGGAUGCGCCCUUCGGCAGUGAGCGCGGGGCCCGGGGUCACGGGCUUCGCGGGGCCUUCUCUGCCGGCUUCGGCGAGUUCCCCGCCUUCAUGGAGGCCUUCUCCGCCUUUGACAGCCUGGGCCGCGGGGGCGCCGGCCGGACCACCUUCUCGUCCACGUCCUUCGGCGGCUCCGGCUCGGGCGGCUCCGGCUUCAAAUCGGUGAUGUCGUCCACCGAGAUUGUCAACGGCCACAAGGUCACCACCAAGCGCAUUGUGGAGAACGGGCAGGAGCGCGUGGAGGUGGAGGAGGACGGGCAGCUCAAGUCGGUGACCAUCAACGGCAAGGAGCAGCUCAAGCGGGUGGAUAGCAAGUAGGCGCCGCCCGCGCCCGCCGCCGGCGGUGCUCAAUAAACAUGC